AUGUCUACGAAACCAACCAUUGCGCUAGCGGGAGGGACGUCGCGGUUCGACCAGGUUCUGAGCCGGCUGGAACACUUCAACACCAUCUUCUACCCCGUGCCUGCCACCAAGGAGGAGCUGUUCAAAGACUGUCUACCCGGCGGUCCCCUGGCCAACGUGGAGGGUCUGUUUUGCUCCUGGCCGGCAUUCUACGCCAUGGGAGGCCUCAAGACCGAGGAGGAGAUUGCCCAGUUGCCGGCGAGUCUCAAGGUGGUGGCUCUCUGUGCCACGGGGUACGACCAGUUCAACGUUGCUGCGUUCCGGAAACGUGGCAUCAUUGUGACCAACACUCCGUCGAUGGAGCCCUCUCACAGCGGCGAGCAGGUCGCGGACAUUGCGCUCUAUCUGUCGAUUGGAUGCAUGCGCAAAAUCCCCCUGUUUGAGGGCUCGUUCCAGAGAGAGAAGAACUCGAUCGACGCGCGGCGUGUGGUGGCGCAGGGCGAGUUUGACCCCGCUUCGGGCCAGGUUCUCGGUGGUCCGCCCUCAGGAUUCGCCUUUGGAGAUCUCACCGCGAAAGGACCCGCCAGAAUGUGCCGAAACCGGGCGGUGGGCGUGGCGGGACUCGGGAACAUUGGAAAGGCCAUUGUGCGACGCUUGGCGCCUCUGGGGGUCGAAAUUCACUACUACAAGCGAUCCGAGCUGAGCGCUGAGGAGCUGGCGGCCUCAAAUCUCCCCUCAGACCUCAUCUUCCACUCCUCCUUUGACGAUCUGUGCGCCGCUUCGGACCAGCUCAUUCUGGCGCUCCCCGGAGGAGCAGACACCCUCAACAUUGUCAACAAACGGACCCUGAACCUCAUGCCCCGAGGAGCGUCCAUCGUCAACAUUGGUCGAGGCACUCUCAUCAACGAAGACGAUCUGCUCGAGGCGCUGGGCUCCAAACAGAUUGCCACCGCAGGCCUCGACGUCCAGGUGGGUGAGCCGUUUGUCAAUCCCAAGCUAUUUGGGCGGUGGGAUAUCCAACUGCUGCCCCAUCUGGGCAGUGGAACCGAGGACAAUGCCCUGGCGGCCGAGCUCAAUGUGAUUGACAACAUUGAAAAUGUCCUGAACGGCGGUCCUGGUCUUCAUCCUGUCAAUUGA